AUGUCGCCCGCACCACCUCCCAGUUCCUCACCAACCCCUCUCCAAGACCUCGCAGCCCGACUUCAGGAUAUGAUAUCGGAACAGGCUCACCCGCAGCAGCAGGACCACGCUAACCCGGACUCAGACCCAGACAGCAUUCCAAGACGACGAACUCGCCGUGUUCAUAAUGACGAGCACAUCGCGCGCGACCACAACCGCAUCAUGCGUACGCUCCGCUGGCGCCGCGCCAGAAACCAAGCCAGACGUAACUCCCAAAGCGAGUUCUCCCGCGUGCUAAUGAAGCCCUCGGACUGCGGCGACAAGCUGCCCAUCCGCUGGCCCAAGAAGGACAAGUGGUACAUCCUCUGCGUCAUCUUCCUCGUCCAGGUCUCCAUGAACCUGAACACGACCCUCUACUCCAACGGCAUCCAGGGCAUCGCCAACGAGUACGGCCUGACCUACUUCCAGGUCCGCUGGGGCGGCGCCGCCUCCUUCCUCAUCGCGUACGCCUUCGGCUGCGAGCUGUGGGCCCCGUGGUCCGAGGAGUACGGGCGUCGACGCGUGCUGCAGGCUUCGCUGUUCUUCGUUAAUCUGUGGGCUCUCCUGGUAGGCUUUUCCCCAAACUGGUGCGGACAUGUCGUCGGGCGUACCCUCGGCGGUCUUUCCAGUGCCGGGGGCAGUGUAACCCUUGCCCUCAUCACCGAUAUGUUCGACCCGCACAGCGCAGAGCACCAGCACGCCACCGCGUUCAUCGUUUUCUCGUCCGUCGGCGGCUCCAUCCUCGGACCUAUCUUCGGCGGCGUCGUCGAGGAGUACCUGGCCUGGCGCUGGGUCAUCUGGAUUCAGGUAAUCUUCGGCGUGAUGGUGCAGCUCCUUCACUAUUUUGUCGUCCCCGAGACGCGGACGACUAUCGUUAUGGAUAGGACCGCUAAGCAACUGCGUAAGUCCGGGAUAAAUCCCAUGCUGUACGGUCCGAACGAGAUUUCUGGAGAGCGACGCAUCAACUGGUCUGAGGUUUGGAAGAUUUGGUUGCGGCCUUUCAAGAUGUUCUUCACGGAGCCCAUCGUCUUAGUCUUCUCGCUGCUGUCGGGAUUCUCGGACGCUAUUAUAUUUAUGAUGGUUCAAUCUUUCGGCUUCGUAUAUUGGCAAUGGGGAUUCGGUCCCAUAUUGCUCGGUUGCACAUUCUUGCCCAUUGGGAUUGGAUAUGUGAUUGGAUAUGCUCUGGCCUACUACUUCAUCGGACGACAGAUCGCCCUGCGCGAGAGAAAACCGCUCUGCGAGCGAGCGCAGUACGAGGCUCGACUCUUUUGGCUUCUUUUUACGGCGCCCCUGCUGCCCAUCGGCCUUCUCAUGUUUGCUUUUACGGCCGCUUAUACUCAUCAACCUCUUCACUGGAUAUAUAGUAUGAUCGCCUCCUGCAUGAUAGGUAUCGCUAACUUCGCUAUUUACAUGGGCACUAUCGACUAUGUACUUAGAGCCUAUGGCCCUUACGCCGCAUCUGCCACAGGUGGUAACGGAUGGGCAAGAGAUUUCCUCGCCGGCAUACUUACACCUUAUGCUGUUCCUAUGAAAUUGACCAUAUUCACCGGAACUAUCGUACUCGCCGCGAUAGGAACUGGUUUGUUCAUAUUCCUGAUCGUUGUCUACAUUUACGGACACUGGCUGCGUCGGUGGUCGAAGUUUGCGCAGACAUUAGCCGAGGCAGAAGCCGAAGCCGAAGCCGAAGUUGAACUAGAAAUCAACGUGGACGCCCCCAAUUCAGGCCCCGGAAGUCUCAAUAGCAUCACUCCCGUUAUCAACGGCGAAAACCCAAACCCGGGCCUCCUCAACGUUGAUCGCAUAGUCCACUUCCUACCCCCUGAGAGCCUGCCCGGUAGCCGAGCCGGCUCGCGCUAUGCAUCUGCUGCUAAUACCCCGACCACAACACGGCCCUCUAGUCUAGACGUGGAGCGUUUGGCGAUAAACCAACUACAUGGCCAUCACCUAACCCAACACGGCCAGGCGAGGCCGUUAAGCGCACCAGGCCGAAGCCAGAAUGUAUCCCCAGUUCCCGAGGCCGGAAGCAGCGACGAUGUCUCCAUGACAUGCAGUAACUGUAGCGGACAGACCCUCGCAGGAACUUGCACUCAUUGCACACAUAAAUCAACCCGUUCCCCAAAUAGUGAGAAUGCCUCCCCAUCCAUGUCUCUAAGAGAGGUUGAGAAUACGGAAUUGAACACCGCCCCCGAGGUAUCUCCCCUUGUUGCUCCUCCUGCCGAGAACCGCGGAGAAACCUUGGCGGCUGACCUGCCGAAAGAAAAGAAGCGCCGAUUCUCCGGAACUUGCCGUGUGAUGUGA